AUGACAUCCGAAGCAAAGAAGGUGCCGAUCCCGCCCAGGGGCGUCGACUACCGCGGCAAGGUCGUUCUCGCGCCCAUGGUGCGCUCCGGCGAGCUGCCAUCGCGGCUGCUGGCUCUGCACUAUGGCGCUGAUCUCGUAUGGGGUCCCGAGACAGUCGACCGAUCCAUGAUCGGCACGACGCGGCGCCACAACCCCGACACGAACACGAUCGACUGGACACGGAAGCCCUCCCAGGGCGCGAAGCAGCCCCCCGCCGACGUCAAAGACAGCGUCCUCUACCGGAUCCACACCGAGAAGGAAGCCGGGAAACACAUCUUCCAAGUCGGGACGUCGAACCCGGACCUGGCAGUCGCAGCGGCGCGCCUCGUCGCUGCCGACGUCUCGGGCAUCGACGUGAACGCGGGCUGCCCCAAGCCCUUCAGCACGCACGACGGGAUGGGGGCGGCGCUGCUGCAGACGCCCGACAAGCUGUGCGCGAUCCUGGCGGCGCUCGUGCAGCACAUCACGCCCGAGUUCGACAUCGGCAUCAGCGUCAAGAUCCGGAUACUGGACACGGCGGCCGAGACGGAGGCGCUGGUGCGGCGGCUCGUGGCGACGGGCAUCACGGGGCUGACAGUGCACUGCCGCACGACGCCCAUGCGGCCGCGGGAGCGCGCCAUCCGCGGCCAGCUGCGCAUGAUCGCCGACGUGUGCUGCGAGGCCGGCGUCGCGUGCCUCAUGAACGGCGACGUGGAGACGCGCGACCAGGCGCUGGAGCUGGUGCGCGAGUUCGGCGUCGACGGCGCCAUGAUCGCGACGGGGGCCGAGAAGAACUCGAGCGUGUUCCGCCCGGGCGGCGCGCUGCCCUGGCGCGAGGUCGUCGAGCAGUACGUGCGCUUCGCCAUGGAGGUCGAGAACAAGUUCGGCAACACCAAGUUCCUGCUGUGCCAGCUCAUCCCGGGAAAGCAGCCCGCGUACCGGCAGAUCAGCUCCUGCAAGAGCUAUACCAAGAUCUGCGAGCUGCUGGAAUUCGAUCACCUCGCAGAGCGCGCUAGGGAGGUCGAUCUCGCGCUGGAUAUCGACCCGGAUUUUGCAGGCACGAAGAAGGACGCCAAGCAAAACAAGAAAAAAAAGCCGAGCAAGCGGAACAAUAGCGCGCUGGCUGCUGGGGGUCAGAUGGCACAGGCCCGGGUCUCAAAUUCGAACACCAAGAAGGGUCUUUCAGAACGUGGUGUGAAUGUGCAACCAACAGAGCAGCCGGCCGAGGCGACGGCGAUUCCUGCCUGA